GGGCGCAAUUGCAGUUUUGGGUGAAAAACGGUGAGUCCAACUACAAAUACUCAGGGACGGAGGUAGUAUCUAACUAUGAAAUAGUUGAACUACAAGCUGCCGCUGCUUAGCCAUUGAACAAAAGGAGUUGAGAAGCUAUAGAAUCAGGGUAGAUAUCAAUCAAGUAAAACUCAAGAUUUUGAAGCUGGGACAAGCACCUGAGUUGGAUAGAGCUGUUUGUGGUGGAUUCACCAUUUUUACUCGAGAAAUUGGCAAGGAGACAGGUUGGCGCUUGGAUUUUUAGCAUACAAAUGAGUCUCUUUUUGGCACACAAGAUCACGCUGCUGCACUUUGAAACUCUGGUUAGCAUAUAUGUGAUGCAAAUGCUGAUAUUCUUACUGGGUCAUCCGGCAGAUGAUCGACAGUGGAGAGCUGGGCAAAGAUUACUUGCAGAAAGCCAGGAGAAGAGUCAUCAGUGGGUUAGGCCAACUGCCCCAGGGAAUGACCGGGACAAUGACCGGCGGAGGAAUAACCGGCCAAGGGAGCGGCAACCUGCCCCCGAAAAGGAACAGAUCGGCAUGAUCUUCGGCGGACCCGAGGGUGGAGAUUCAGCCGCGCAGCGGAAGAACUGGGUCCGGAGCAUUUACGUCGGAGAGGUAAGUGCUGAACCGCCCAGGCGUAAGCAUACUAGGAGGGAGCCUAUCGUCUUUACUGACCGGGAUCUCCCUCCUACCGGUGAAGAUCACAAUGAUCCAUUGGUCAUCACCAUGGACAUUAAUGGGGUGGAUGUCGCCCGGGUGCUUGUUGACACCGGUAGCAGUGUCAACAUCUUAUACCUGGAGACCUUCCAGAAACUCAGGUUGUGUCGAACACAACUUGAACCCCUCAAAACCCCUCUCUCAGGCUUCACGGGUGACACCGUUGAAGCUGAAGGAUCCAUAGUUCUACCGGUCGAACUAGGAUCAGGUGAAAAGACCGUGUGGAAGAAGAUGCGGUUCAUAGUUGUGGACAUCAAGUGCGUCCACAACGCAAUCCUAGGAAGGCCAGGCAUCAAUAAGGUCGGAGCGGUGAUUUCCAUGCCUCAUCUAUGCAUGAAGUUCCACACUCCAGGUGGUGUAGGUGAGGUGAAGGGCGACCAGAGGAACGCCCGGGAGUGCUAUGCCCGGGCAGUCAAGAAAAUGACCAGGGGGGUCAAUGUCAUCUCCCAAGAGAUCACAAAGGGAGAGACCCGGGAGAAACUGGAGCCCGAGGCUGAAACGGUGGAAAUCGAACAUCACCCGGGUGAUUCUUCGAGGAUGGUCAGAAUUAGAGCAAAUCUCCCCGAGGAUCUCAAGGAUCAGAUUACACGGGUCCUCCAAGAAUACGCGGGCAUAUUCGCAUGGAGCGUGGCGGAUAUGCCCGGGAUAGAUCGCUCUGUUAUCUGCCACCGGUUGGCCGUGAGGGAGGGAAGUCGACCGGUACGCCAGAAAAAGCGGUACCUGGCCAUUGACCGGCGAGACUUCGUCAAGAAGGAAGUGAAAGACCUCCUCAGUGUUGGUCACAUCCGGGAAGUCAAGAGGGCUCAUGGGGAGACUCCAUUCUCUCUAACCUAUGGGUGUGAAGCAAGGCUGCCCAUCGAAGCCGAAUUCCCAACGUUCCGGGAAUCAAACUAUCAACCCCAACAAAAUGAGGAAGAUCACUUGGCCGAACUCAACUUGGUCGAAGAGCGGAGAAUGGCCGCGGAAGUCAAAAUGAGCACAUACCAACAAGUUGUGAAGAAGUACCAUGAUAACAAGGUGGUCACUCCACUUUAUGCCGGCCAGAGGGGAAACGGUGGGGAAUUUUAUAAAGACAAAUUUUUCCUUCCACAGCCGGUUUCUUUGUGGAAGGUCAGAAAUGAAUUGGCGACCGUUACGGCCCUUGAAAUAGACAUAGCCGUCGCAACCCGACUUACCGGGAAGGACUUCAAACAAAUAGAGGAAAAAGCGAAGAGAAGGGUCGAUUUUGAGAUGGGAACAGAUAUUUACAAAAGCGUUAAGAAAACGGUGGGCAUUGGGCGUAAGUUGCCCGGGGAGGAUUUUGAAACAGUGGCACAAUUCGACAAGGAGGGGACGGAGGGGGAAGACGGUGCCACUCUCCAGGGAGAUGAUAUGGAAUCCUACCCUAUUGUCCCGGUGAGGCUCGAUGAUAUUGCGCCAGUUGGGGUCGUAUUCAAGGACAUACCCCUCCGGGAGAUUCCUACGGGCUUUGUUCUGGGCAAUCUUAGAGACCCGGGGGUAGAUGUCAAGCGGGUAGCUGGAAGGGAGAGGAAAAUAACCGGCGGCAUCUAGCCGGUUCACCCAUCCCUCGUACGACUCGCUGUCAGGAUCAUAGGGAGCCGGCUCAUCGUCAACCGGUUCAUCCCUCUCCUGAGAAACCUGACCGGGCAUCUGGUUAACAGGUUGCGGUUCAGGGACGGUGGUGUUGGGGCCUGACCGGGUCUCGAAGCUGGAUAAAGAGGACCCGGUCGAAGAAAAGGAGGUUGAAGAU